AUGUCGUUUAUGGUGUUGAUUGUUACGAUGACGAAUAACCAGCCGACAUAUUUCCUGGAGAUCUUCUGCGCAUUUCUCAAGCAAUCGUUCAGCGGUUUAUUUCCUCAUGAACGCUUAUUAGCUCAUUUCGUGUUGAUGGCGGCGGUGAAUCGUCAGUUUUCGUCUUCGAUGAAUGUGCAGGGUUUGUCGGUGGAGGUGUGGGAGGUGUUACGGUUAUGGCGUAUGGUGGGGACGACGUCUCGGGAGUCGCACUUGAUUGCGGAUACGUGGUGGCCGGCGGCGGCGGCGCUGACGGACGGUUUGGUGACAUGCUGUCGUUCGUCUGCGGACGUACGUUUUGAUAUGUUGCGUUCUGGAGUGGACUUCUGUCUGGGAGCGGUGAUGGUGUGCACGCAGGCUUCGGAUCUGUGGACGAGUGGGCCGUGUUCAGAGUCCGUUUUCAACUGGGGGCGGUUUCUGUUGCCUCUGUUGCAUCUGAAUGACCUGGCUACGUUGUAUGAUAGUGCAUUCCGUUUGCAGGACCGUGAGAUUCUGGUGCAGAACUCGCUCUUCGCUGCCCAGGCUUCAGGCAUCUUCCAGCAGUACUUGGUGGUGGGCGCCAUGAAGCAAAUCAUCUACCCCCUCCGGGACAGCUAUCUUUGCGAGGUCGUCAAUAAAAUCUUCAGCGGGCUACACGCUAUCAGCAAUCGACUCAAUGCCUGCCGGGAGGACUUGGCCCCAAUCCACCACCAAUUCGUCUACUCCAAGGCCGCCCUCUGGCUGGAACAACUCCUCAACCCCAUCACCACCUUCGCUGGCCAAGACCAAGACAGAGUCGUCCUCCGAGUCGUGGAGUUCCUCCUCUCACUCGAACUCAACCCCGUCCUGAUCCUCAGCGCACUCGCCAAACUAGUCCUCCUUAUGCCUUCCUCCUGCAACAACAAGCAGCUGGUCAUUAGUGCCGUCAAACUACUUUCUCUCGACUCGAAACUCGCCGAUACCGCCUACCCUUUCAAGUACUCAACCGCCCAGAGAAAACUCAUGACCACAGUCCUGCUCGCACUCAACGACCACAACCUUGUAGAGAAAGUCUUCAAAGUACGCUCAAACUCUUCGCAACACCCUUUCAUGGGAGUCGCGGACCACAUUGGAGUCGCGGACCACAUUGGAGUCACGGACCACAUUGGAGUCGGUGACUUUGCUGGAGUCGUAGUACAGGCUGGUGGAUCUGACGCUGCAACGCAGCCCACUCUACAGGAACCUUCCUUUAACGCCAGGUGCGCUGAUAGGUACGAAAUAAGUCAUCUCGGUUGCAUUUGCUUCUUGUGCUGUCUUAUUCUCUACAAGGAAGCUGGUACUCUGAGCAAGUUUGCUACUGCUGUUCAGAACGGAAUCCCCAGUGAUCAAAGUGCCAUAUAUCCCUGGUACUGGUUAACUAUCCCGUUUGAUGCGUCGUUUGCUACUGAGGAGCAGAACUACAGUUUAGUCAUCAAAGAGUCCAACACAAUUCCCGCGACUAGUUUGAUUCACGUGAACAGCAUCUUGGAGAGGGGAGCUAUCGUAUUAAGUGCUCUAGCCUACUCAGCGGUGCAGUGGCUGGGAGCUAGAAGCGAUUUGGCGCCUUUGGCAAUUUUAGAUGCGCUGCACACGUGUUUGUAUCCGGAUGCUGAUAGAGUUUGGAUCAAGAAAAAGCAUUCUUCCUCCGCGGCGAGUCCGGAAUUGGGUAAGUUGCAUCGUCUCCUGCCGUAUUUUGACCCGUACAUUAUUGUGGUAAUCCAAGAUUGGACGCAAGUAUUGCAGCGAAUAAAGGGGUCGAAUUGGACUUGGUCGAAUUCUGAUAUGCUGCGGCAAGCGUCUAUGGUUUGCGAGGAAUACAUCAAGGUGAUUGAGCUCCAAGUUGUGCAGCCGGUUUCGGUGAGUAUAUUUGGCGCAUUAAUGGCUUCCUGUAUCGAAUCUUUGGGGAGAUUGGCAACUCUCUCCCCCGCACGAACAGUUGGGUUCUCCGCUUUGCACGACUAUCGGUGGUACGAGUGCUUGAGCGGGGCCCCGUUUGCCAGUUACGACCUUUAUCCACUCAUGCCUAUGUUAAGGAUCCUUCUACAGCAGGCGCUGGAUAUUCAGCAACCUAUGAUAGCUUUAUGGGUUAUUCGAAGGCUGGCGACGCAUUACUUUGACUUCGAUUCCAACGAGCAUGAAAAGGCCAUUGGAGAUAUUACCUACACCCCGCUGCCAUAUAGCUACUCAGACCUCAGUUCGUAUCUAGGAGCGGGCUAUGCGUGGGGGCGGCUCAUAAUUCGCCAAUUGCACGAAAAUUUAGAUGGCCACGGAGACUGGGACCAAUGUGAUCGCUUAACGUGCGAAUGCCCCGCUAUUGUGGGUACGUUCACGAGAUUUCCAUUUUCUGAUGUAGGCAGUGGCGACAGGCGCUUUAAUCCUUAUAAAAGCGCCGUUUCCGCCAACGCUAUCCACGGCCGAGGUUGCCGGGACAGCGUCUUCCGAAGUCAUGAGGAAAUGCUUAAUCAAAACGGAGCGCUUUACACUCUGAUCGAGGAAUGCACUGAAUGGGAUGAGGACUAUUAUCAUUACAGACCAAAUUGGGAGAUUAGACAGCGCUAUCGCGAUGUGAGAUUGGAGUCUGCACGGCUGCUUGCGCUCAUUCACAACAGUCCCGGUGACAGGCAGCGAAAGGGAAAGGGAGACGGGCUGAUACGGGGAAUAGUUCCCGUUACGGGAGCAGCCUCCAUAUGUGGAGGAGCCCCCGAUAGGGGGGUAACCCCGUCAAGGGACCUAGAGUCGGGUCGUGAUUCUGACGAGAUAGGAUUGCGCCUGAAUGAUGAUACCAUAGUUAGUAUAGACCCCAAUAUGUGCGACUUUCUUCCAAUACCGGAGAAUAUAGACUUUAUGAUAACUAUCUGGGCCGACCUUCUGGACAAGGAACCGUCCCGUCCAAGGACCGGUCACGGACAGGUUGUGCGAUUAGAAGAAGACGAUUUGACCAUCGGUCGCCUCUUAUAUAGCUUAUUGAAUUUGACUGCAGAGGGUCACGAAGAUGACAUGCAGUUGGCUCGGAUUCUGUAUCUGGCUACUGAGUCUUUGAAGCGGCCGAGGUUCCACGAAAUUUUCUGCAGGAUCCUAUCAGAUGGUCUGGACAAAUUAACCUGCAUUGGCGAUAGUGUUUGGUUAGAUGAUUGCCUGAAGAAAGGGUUUCUGAGUUACCUCCCCUUGGACGAUUUUAUUCCGGAGCUGGUGGAUCGUUACAUGACGGUGGGUAAGUCACCGUACGCCUUGAUACUUCGUGCAUUAUUGCGGAAUGACGUGGAUGCGGCUCUCGAAUUGGUAACAUAUUACCGGGACUGGAUGGGUUUGGUUAAGAGCAAAAUUCGGUGGGUCGACCAUUGCUUGAGUCUGGUGAACAAUGACCUGGAGCGUUUACCGGCUGCAAUUGUGCGUAAGUUGCAGCUAUGUUCCGUGAUGAAGUUGAAUAACUACAGUACCGACGCAUUCGAGUUUGACAUGUUGGACUUGGACCAAGGAGGAGGUGAGAGCGAGAGUGCCCGUGUGUGCGCGGCUGUGGAGAGAUCGAUAGCGCGUGCGGACACGUUGGUAUUGUCGGCAGAUUGGUCGGAUGCGGAGCGCAUCCUGCACGUCUUAUAUCCGUUGGUAUAUUUGAAAUGGACGGCAUCUGCAUACAGUUGGUGUGAGUAUGCGUUGCGUCAGUGUCGCUCAUUGUUGGUGCGUGCAGUGGCUGAGAUAAUUGCGGACCCGUUGAUAACGUGUGUGGUAGUGUUAAUGGCGCAGUGGAGUGCUAAAGGGCAGGCGAUGGGUCCCAAGUACGGUGCAUUCCAGCGAUAUUGGACGGGGCCACUGGAGACCGUGGCGGCAGCAGACGAGUUGGUGUUGAAAUUGUUGCGUGUGCAGCGACAGGCACAGCAGGUGACAUUACGGAAGCCGCCGGGAGCCGCAGCGGCGCCGGCGGUGCACCAGUUGGGUACUGUGUUGGCCCGGUUGGCACAGUUACCGGAUUGUUUUGCGGGCGACGUGCUGUUCGACAGUUUGCGGCGCGAGAAUGUGCUGCAUGGAUGGGGGGCGAAUUUAUUGAGACGAUGGCUCCACGGGAUGUUCGCAUCUGCGGCCUCUGCUCGGCGUUAUAUUGUAUUUUUGGCAGAGGCGGUGGAGUUGGCGGCAGCGUUGGAGGGCGUUGGCCCCGCGGAGUUUCCUACAUUGUAUAUUGCGCCGUUGAUGGAGUACAGUCCGGCUGCGGUGACAGUAUUGUUGAGGAAGGCUCAGCAGCAUCAGGAAGUAUGUCGACAGACGUUGGCGGUGUUAUUAAUUCAGGGUAACUACGUAACCUUCGAUGCGCGAGUGGUUGUGGCUUUAGCAAGAUGUGUGUGUCUGUGUCCAUUUUGGUUAAAGGUGGAAUCAGUCUACCAGUCGGUAAGGAGGUUGGUGCUGCACUAUAGCAGCAACGCCGUGGCGGUACUGAAGCGGACGGUAGAGCGACGGGCUCAUGCAGCCUGUACGGUGCCGGAAAACAUCAAGCAGUUUGUAGAUGCGUGCGACCCGUUAGAAGCACAGAUUAAACAUUUGGAAGCGGUGGCGUUGUUGGGUAGUGCACUCUUCUGUGCUUGCCAGGCAGCCUCAAUGAACGUGCAUCUGGUGCAUGGGCUGCUGUCUUUCGCCACAGAUGUGCUGGGGGCUGCCGUGCCCUACUUCGGAAGACGGCACCAGGCCGUUGUAGCCUUCCUGUGCCAUGCGGGACUUCAACCACUGUGUGCUCUCAAGCCCGAAAUGCCGCUCCAAAUGAAGGACGAAACCGACGCCGUGUAUCUCCCAUCUCGAGGCAAUCCCGCCGCGUUGCCCUCGUUGCUUGAGGAGGCAGUCAACGUCCUCUGCACCCUCAGAUACCAACCUGGUCAAACAGCACUCUUCGCCGAAGACAAAGUCGAAAUUCCUCUAACACUUGACCAACUUGGUGGCUGGACUAGAACGGACUUCCCGGAACUCCCCCGCCAUGCAGUUGCCAACCAAACCGAGCUUCCCAGACUCGUCGAUCUCAGCCUUGCCACCACCAACCUCCUCGCCUUCGUCUUCGCCAGCGUCGACCCCACCCGGUCCGCCAGACCUCUCGUACCUCGUAAAUACUUCGCCGUUCCCGCUGGUCCAAUCUUAAAGAGCCACAAGCGACUCAGCCUACUCGCUCUACAACGUCUACUCUGGACCAGAAGAUUAUCCACUGACUCAAAUCCAGGUCCAGCCCAACACAAAACGGGUAGUCUAGUUUCAGACGGGGUGAGUGGCCGUGAAGGUGGCCAGGAAGCAGAGAUGUUGGAGUUGAUCAAGAACGAGAGCGAUUACGGCCGGGAGUUAUUGCCACUGAUAUACAAAAUUGAUACUCCAACCAUUUAUAUGCGGCCCUUGGUGGCGAUGGCUGCGCGGGUUGAGACUCCUCUCAUCACGCGGGAACGCGGCCUCUACCUCCUGCUGCCGCCGAGUCCGCUCCGGGAUCUGCUCAUCGUCCAAGACCCGAACACCCACUGCGAAGACGAAGAAUCGGCGCCGCUGCUUGUCUACCGUCUCAAAUUGCUUCAACAGGCACAACCCGCGGAGGGUGGAAUCGAGGACUCCAACCGACGGAGCGAGGACUCCAACCGACGGAGCGAGGACUCGAACCGACGGGGCGAGGACUCGAACCGACGAAGCGAGCCCGUCGGUUGCGAGAACAAGGACGACUCGAUCCGCCGGGUAAAAGAUGCGCGCAUGGCCUACGGCGUGCCGCCCUGCUACCGCGGGAGCGCGCCAGCCGAGGAGCCGCUGAGCAACCCGCUCCUCGCCCUGGCAGCGCGACUCGCGACGCUGCUCCCGCCGGUCGUGCCGGAAGCGCCUCCGCUGAGCGCUGUCUGUGCGCUGGAAGUGCUCGGGCAACUGGAGGCGUUCGACGACGAGAUUCUGGCGACAGUGCACAAUCCGGCGAAGCUGCUUCUUCGACUCAAGGACCGGUACUCCGCGACGGGGCAGUCUAGCGGGUGGCUAAUCACUCAUGAGCUGUCGGCUGGCCAACUGGCUACGGGCCAACUGGCUGCGGAUCGGCUGCCUGCACCAGAAACGUUUUCUGCCAAUGGUCGACCUGCCGGUGGUCAGCCUGCCGUUGCUGACGGCCCGGCCGGAGGUAAGGUGUUCCCGAGCAGGUGGCCGGCGGAGUGCUGGAUAACGCGCCGGCACGUGGCAUGGAGUCUGCCGAGCGUAAUGGAGUUGUUGGCGCAGGUGCAGGAGCGGUUGGAGACGGGGGCGGUAUUGAAGGUGGUGAGUGAGGCGUGGGACCGGCAUACGCGGGGGGAAUGCUUGAACUUGAAUGCAGCGGGUGCGGCGUUGCUGACGUGUUGUCACCGGCCUUUGGCGGGGUUGUCGGGAGAGGCGGUGGAGCAAUUGUUGCGGCUGCUGGACCGAGUGGUGCCGCGGAUGACGGUGGCUCCGGCGUUGUCGGACGUGGCGGCUACCUGGUUGGCUUUGGCCUUGGCGGAAGGAAGUGCGGCGGCUGAGCCAGGCGGGUUGUUGCAGUUAGCUUCAACGUUACCGGCGUCGAAUGUGUGCUGGCCGUUACUGGUCGGUUAUGCGACAGGUGCGCCGCCGCCGCCGCCUGCGGAGUUGGAGAAGCGACGGAGUCCCGACGCCUUAGCUCCGUUGCGGUUGCGAGCCGCCUUGCUCGCGGUCGUCGUGCGAGAGCGUUUGUACCCGCUGUUGGCGGAACCUCGACGUCGAGAUGUUCUGCCGACUGUGGAGGGAUCGACUCCGACAACGGCGGCGACGGCGUUCCGACCGGACUUGGCGGCGCGGCUGGUGACCCGACCGAGCGCGGAGUCGGGACCGGCGGCGCUGGCAUUCUUCGGCGCGUCCGCGGCGGCGCGGGGUGAGAGUCGAGCGAGGGAGAGCGAGGUCUUUGCUCUGGAUGGGGAUGUUCAGAUGGCAGUGGCGACGCUGGCCGUGCUGGAUGCGCAGCCGGCGGUCGGGCGGGCGGCCGUGUGGCGUUUCCUGUGCGACUGGGUCUUUUGCGCGGGUGCAAUCGCGCGCGUGUGUGCUACCUUCACACGCCUCUUACGCACCAUCCCCCGAGCCACCCCCGCUGUCCAGGCGGCACUCGCAGACUGCCUUAUCGCCACACUCCUCCGACUCGGACCGCUCGGCCGACACGCCGGCGCCACCGCACUCUUCACACUUCCCGACCAUCUACCCACACACACGCACCGCACACACGCACAAGCACUCGCCAAAAUCCAACUCUGGCGCGCCGCUGCACACCUCGAAUGCCGUCUCCUCCAACCCUACCUUGGUGGGGGAGGAGGCGCAAGAGGAGGAGCAGGUGGAGGAGGGCUGUUGGCCACGGGUGAGACAGGCGGUGCUCUGGCCGGUCCCAUAAGAGGUCUGGCAGAGUUGGCGUUAACACCGGAGUUGGCGUUAACACCGGAGUUGGCGUUGGCGGACGUGGACGAAGGCGCGGUGCUGUGGGUGCGGUCGGGGUUGCAGGUGGUGGCUUUGUUGUUAGCGGAGGAGCGGCUGGCGGGGUCGCGUACGGCGGCGGUGUUGUUCCGCCGCGGCGGGUGCGCAGCGGCAGUGGCGGCGAGUCGUGCGAUAACGCCGGUGGCGGCCGCGAUGGUUGCGUCGCGUGCGCUACUACGAGCGCUCGGCUCCGAACGGUUAUUACGGGCGUUGCUGAGUCGGCCGGGUGCGACGGGAUUGUCGGAACGUGCGACAGCAUGCGCGAUCGUGCGUUAUUUAAAACCGCGCGUACGCGAGGAACCGACGGCCGCGCAGUGGCUGGCGGGUUGCCACCGCGAGAGUCAGUUAGCGCUCAAGUUUGGCGCACUCGUCGGCGUACAGGACCUGCCCGCCUUGCACCAGGCGACCACGGACAGGCUGCUUGCGGCUGCCCUCAGUCUUCCCGACGACACGCUCCUCACCGCACAUCGCCUCCGCCCAUUCUGCACUGCGUUACUGCCACACACGCGCGCACCCGACCUCCUGUAUUACGCAGCCAGCGCAGUCGGCACCGCCGGCCCCGUCGCCGACCUCGUCCAACACACCCUCCGUCACACGUCCGACCGUUACCUCUGGCUCAAACUACUCGUCGUCCUCGUCGAGGAAGAGAAACUUCCCUGCCAACGUCUCGCUGACUGCCUCCGAGACGUCCGGGGCGAAGCCCCGGACGUGGAGUCGCUGGCGGACCGGACGGUGGCGGCGGCGGACACGGCGAGUGCUGCGGCGGCAGUGCGGGGACUCGACCUGGACGGGUUGGCGACGCUGGCAAUGGAGUUAUGGGGACGGAGUUGCACGGUGGAGUGUGAGUUGGUAUUGCGGGAAGCGGGGCGGCGAUUGGGUGAGUCGUCGGUGGCGAUGGAUGUGGAGAAGUUGCGAGGGUUGAACGAGUUGCGUUUGCGUUCGAAGCCGCGGAGUCGUGCGAGUCCGGAGUUGCCUGGGUUACAUUGGCCGUUGGUUCAGCCGAACGGGACGCCGGUAGCAGUGGACAUGGAGAAGUUGGGUCCUAUUCAGAGCUUGGAGGUGGAGAACCUGUUGGUUUUCACCUUCCUUUCGUUUCAAUUGAGCAAGCGGUUGAAUCAGUGGAGUUCGUUGUCGAGUAUUACGAAGCAUUCGGCGGCGCCGUUGCGUGCAGUGUCGUCGGCGAAGCUGCAGGACUGGACCACCCUUGAAGAGCUGGUUACCGGACACGAGUUACAGAGUUGUCUGGCACGUGAUCUGGACGCCUUGGGUAAACUUCCGCAACUCGUUGUCAAACGUGAACCCGGCGACGGCACAACCUUCCACAUGCCCGACUUCUGCUGGCUCCUAUAUCCCGCGACCAACACCGACAGCCUCUGUAACAAACUCAAAACGCUGGACAGAGAUGUUAUACUACAAAAAAUAUACCAAAGCCUUCGCACCGGACUAGCUGAUUGCCAUCGGAGAUUACUCCUCGACAAAAACUACCUACAUAUCCACGCCUUCGGAGAUACGACACGCGGUAUCUACACAAUCCUCGUCUUCAUUGAACAACUCUUCUUCGCACUACCCAAAACUGUUUCGGAGGUGCACGAGGGAACCCCGGUAGUGUUUCGGCCGCCGGUGCCGGACGCGUACAGCAAGUUGAUUAAGGCUUAUCGGCACUCGGUGCCGCGCCAGUUCGGGUUGGAAAGUUUAAGCGAAUUGUUUGUCCGGCGUAACUUCUUGUACGCUUUGUACUCCUCGUUGAUUAACCGGUGGCCGGCGUCGCUGGCGCCGAUUGGGAACCAGGUGCAGGCGUGCAUGAGUAACGCGUUACAGGACGUGACGUGGACGAUGCUGAAGUUUGUGCGGUUGUCGCGGCGUGAGUCAGAAGUGCCUUUGGUGGCGAGCACGUUGUUGGGCCGGAUCCGCGCUUCGGCGACGGAUAACUAUGAGGCGUUGCUGGAGAAGGCGGACACGCUGACUGCUCCGGGUCUGGCGAAGAGUCUGGCGAGUGAGUCGCCGGCGCCUUGUUCACUUUGGUUGGCGGCGCACAAUUUACUGAGUGCCUCGCCGGAAGGUCAGGCGACGAACACCCUGGCCAAGGAGUCGUUGCCGUCGGCAGUCGGACCACAUCCAGCUGGAACGCUGCAUCCAGCUGGAACGCUGCAUCCAGCUGGAACGCUGCAUCCGGCUGGAACGGGGGGGCGUGAAGAGGAGGGUCGGCGGGGCCCCAGUGGGUCGCGUAAGAUGUUUGGUGCAGCGUUGAAGCAGGUGGAGAAGGAAAAGGAGACGUUGGGUUGUCUCUGGGGUGCGGCGACGACGAUAGCGGAUCAGCAUUACCGUGCGAAGGUAUGGUUCCGGAAGGCGGAGAUUUUGUUGGGGUUGCCGUCGACGGUGGCGCGUUGUAUAUUGGAGGAAGUGCCUGGCAACAGUUUCCAGAAGCCGUUGGAUGACACGAGGGGCGGCGCGACAUUGCGUGACCUUUUGGAGCCGGGCCGGCGUGUUGGUUUAGCGGUGACGAAGGUGCAAGAGUUAGACGGGGAGGCGCUGAGGUCCCGGCUGGCGGCGGUAGAGGAACCAGUGCGACAAACGGCCCUGCAGUGGCUAGAGUGUGCACUGGCCGAAGACCCCACCGUGGCAAAACAUUGGUUUAUGUACGGCGCCGUACUCGCCGUACUACAGCAACCUGCACCCAGCGCAGUUGCCUAUGCCACCGCCCUCUACCUGAAACCCAAUCGAUUCCUCCCGCGUGCACUACCAGCCCUUAUAGCCCUCGCAGACACGCAUGACGCCGCCCGCCAGGUUCUUCGCAGAAUACCCGCACUCCUUCACACAGCCAUCGACCAAAGACUUCUCGAACCUCCCACAAACCUGUCACCCAACCCUACAGGGUCGCUCGCCCAACCCUUUAGGGUCGGCCACGGUCGCUCCCCCAACCCUAUAGAGUCACCCAACCCUACAGGUUGA